AGCGUCAAAAAUUCCUUGUUUUAGCUGUUGUAUACGCUGUGUCAUAUUCUUCUGAAGACAAUCAAUAAAUCCCGCUAAAAUCCCACAAUAAUUUAUCCCCUCUGGCGUCUACACAAGAAAAAGUGAAGUAUUUUAGCCUUUGCGUCUAAAAUCUCGCUAGUCCAUGGGUUGUUCGUCUUCGCUGCCAGAUAGGAAUUCGGGUCGGUUGGGUGGACUUAAUCCGGAAAAUGGUAGUGCAAAUGAUGCUAAAAACCUCCGUGUGAAGCUGGUGCUGUUAGGUGAUUCUGGUGUUGGGAAAAGCUGUAUUGUUCUUCGUUUUGUCCGUGGCCAGUUUGAUCCAACAUCCAAGGUAACUAUUGGAGCUUCAUUCUUGUCUCAGACUAUAGCUUUGCAGGAUUCUACCACUGUUAAGUUUGAAAUAUGGGAUACUGCUGGUCAAGAGAGAUAUGCAGCACUGGCACCACUGUAUUACCGAGGUGCUGCAGUGGCAGUUGUUGUGUAUGACAUCACUAGUCCUGAAACAUUUGCCAAAGCACAGUAUUGGGUCAAGGAACUACAAAAACAUGGGAGCCCCGGGAUGAUCAUGGCAUUGGUAGGUAACAAAGCUGAUCUCCAAGAAAAACGAGAAGUGUCAGCUCAAGAUGGAAUGGAGUAUGCGGAGAAGAAUGGGAUGUUUUUCAUUGAGACAUCUGCCAAGACAGCAGAUAACAUAAACCAGUUAUUUGAGGAAAUAGCGAAGAGACUCCCGCGGCCACCUGCUUCCUGAUUUCCGAAAUGUCCUCACACACCACAUUUAGAAAUUGUGCAAUGCAGCUUUGCUACUGUGUGUAAUAUUGUAUGUGUAUGUGUAUAAUAAGAUAAGAUGAUGCAUUCUCAUUAUUGUGUAGUGUGUACUUUUCGGCCAACCGUUUUAACCCCGUGUUUUAGUUAAAUUGGGCCGAGCCUGUGUGUUGUGUCUUUAGCUCUGGGGAAGAAAUUUACAUGUCAUGUCUCUGGGAAAAGGUGU